UGUGACAGGGGCAAUAGACUGCUGGUCUGUGGCUGGAACUUCAGCCCGAUGUCUCUUGGGUGGCCGUAGCCUUUUGAAUGUCACCAGAAAUGUGUUAAAUUUCUUCCAGAAGACCCUGUGCUAGCUGUUUUCCCUGGCUUUUAAGAAACACUACAGACACUCUAGGAGUAAAUGUUUAACGUUGGUCCUCCUGGGCACAAAGAGUUGGCUAGAGUGCCCUUUUCUAAAGCAGCAUCCGCCAUAUUCCAGUGUUCAAGGCAAAGAAAGAUGGGUUAGCCACAAAGUAAAAAAUAAUCAUCAUCAUGAAAAAUCAACAUGCAUGUGCAACUUGAUUGAUUGAUUAAGUGCCACACAGGACAGGAAGCCACAGUCCAGGCGGGACAUGGGGAAACAGACUGGUUCCAGAUCGGCAAAGGAGUAAGACAAGGCUGUAUACUUUCUCCUUCUUUAUUCAACUCAUAUGCUGAACAUAUACUGAGAGAAGCUGGAUUGGAAGAAGAGGAGCGUGGUUUUAAAGCUGGAGGAAGAAACAUCAAUAACUUGCGCUACGCUGAUGACACCACUCUGUUAGCCGAGAAUGCGGAUGAUCUGCAGUCCCUCGUAAUGAAAGUCAAGGAGCACAGUGCAAAAACGGGACUACAACUAAAUGUAAAGAAGACUAAGCUAAUGAUAAAGGGGACAGCAACCAGCCUCAGAAUUGAGAAUGAAGGCAUUGAAGUGGUGGGGAGCUUCUGCCUUUUAGGAUCGACCGUCAACAGUAAAGGAUCCAGCAGUCAAGAAAUUGGCAGCAGACUAGCACUUGGUAGGGUUGUAAUGAAGUCCUUGGAAAGGAUAUUUAGAUGCCAUGACAUGUCUAUACCUACAAAGAUUAGAAUUGUUCGAUUAUGCUGGUCUAAGACCAUAAUAAAGAUUGAUUGAUUGAAUCGUUCAGGCAGUGGUUUUUUCCUUGGCACUCUAUGGAUGUAAAAGCUGAACUCUGAAGAAGCAAGAUAGAAAAAGUGUUGACGCUUUUGAACUUUGGUGCUGGAGAAGACAUUGGAGGGAUCCCAUGGACAGCCAGGAAGACAAACAAAUGGACCCUAGAACAAAUCAAUCCAGAAUUUUCACUCGAAGCACAAAUGACCAGGCUCAAACUAUCAUACUUUGGACACAUUAUGCAAAGACCCAGCAACCUUGAAAAGUCUGUAAUGCUGGGAAAAGUGGAAGGCAAGAGAAGAAGAAGAGGACGACCAGCAGCCAGGUGGACGGACUCGAUGACGGCAGCAAUGAAGGCACCACUGAGAGACCUUAGAGGCCGCGUGGAAGACAGACCAUCCUGCAGAGAACCUCUCUAUAGACUCUAUAUUAUUGUGCAUGUGCUGGGCAUUUUUAAAAGCCAUUGUGGCUGGAGCUGAUGGGAACUGUGGUCCAGCAACAUCUCGGGACCCAAGCUUGGGAACCUAUCGUGAGGACACUUCACUGUGUGUGAAAUACUGUCUUAUUCUCGCCCUCUUUAUUGCUGUUUCCAUUCCUCUGCUGUCUCCCUUGGGUCCAGUUGUCGAUUUCUAAUCUCUUUGGGGCAUGGGAUUUUCCACUUGUGCUUGCAGUCAAAACACUUUCUCCGGCUGAUCUUUCGAACUGCCACCUUUGCUCUCCAGGUGGUUUGCUGUAGCUUCUCUCCCCCAGGACUUGCUGUGUAGAUACAGACUCCAGUUUUUCCGCAUUCUACCAUGGUUGCUGCUCCUUCCUUAUCUAAACCGAAAGUCAUGACGAGGUUUGUUUGCUAGGAUCGGUACCUGACGGUGGAACAUUCCAGGGACAGCCUCCAAAGGUCACUCCUUGGAGAGCUUUCAGCCACCGUGCAGAAAGUAGGCGCGGUAGGGAGAGAGGGAGCUGCCAUCUACUGAGUCAGACCCUCGGUCCAUCUAGUCCAGCCUUGUCCACACAGACUGGCAGCGGCUCUCCAAGGUUAAGGGGGAGUCCUCCUGGUGCAGCAGGGCUGAAGGCAUUCUAGGUGAGAGGGUGCCAGACGCUAUUCCCUGCCUGAUGCUCUGGGUGGGGCGGCAGGAGAAGGCCGCUUUGCAUAUGGAACUGGAAAGGAACUGCCUGCUGUUAGUUCAGCGCAGGGGUGAGGAAGAAACUACGGACGGAGAGAGCUCACUCUUUCUCAGGAUGGGCUGCUCACAGCCUAUGCUGGGUCUUUGGAAAGUCAAACACAGACAGUCCUACGUUGUGACUCCGGGCCAGUCACUUCUCUCUCGGCCUGACCUACCUCACAGGGUUGUUGCGAGGAGAAGCAACCACGCACACCCUUCUGGCCUCCUUGGAGGAAGAGCAGGGUAUAAAUGUAAUAAUAAUGAUAAUGAAAUCAAUCCUGCAAGCUAGUGCCUUCAUUUCUGGGACAAACGGAACCGGUUACGAAUCUGUUGGAUUCAUUCCAACUGCACCCGGGGAUGCAUUUGACAAGCGGGGAUGCGUUUUUCAGAACCCCUCCCUCCGCGACAGUAAAAUAAAGGGGUUACUCGUAACUCCUGGCUUGCGCUUCCCCACCCAGCCCCUCCUUGCUGGGGCCAUUUUAAUCAGCCGGAUGCCCCAGGAUGAAGUAUUAUCCUGGGGCGGUGCGAAUCGGGAAUAUAAAGGUCGCUGCAAGGACGUGGCAGCAUGCUUGCGUCUCUCCCAGGUAGAAAAGACAGGCGCUUUCGCUUUUAAAUAGAAGAAACAUGACUCUAAAGAACAAAAUGGGGAAAUGCAAAUUUUCAAAACGGAGAUUAAAAACGUGUGUAUAAAAUUUGUGUUGGGUUUUUAUUUUAUUUUAUUUUUUUGAAGUGCAGAGUUCCUUGCACGCUCCUGCACACUGCACUUGUACAAUGCAGCAUGGAGCCUGGGUGCUCAUUCCGCUUGCAGAAACCUGCAGGAAAGUGAUGCCUCGGCCCGCAGUGAAGUGCUGCAGGGCAGAAGUAGCGGCUGUCAGCUUCAGCUUCAUCUCUCUCUCUCACCCUCCUCCCCGUGACGUUCAUCUUGCUGCCAGAGCCGAUCCAGUUCCUGGCUCAGCAGGAGUCUGGGUGCAUUUUUCCCUGACAAGUCGCCUCUGUUGUUUCUGCCCAGCAGUCAAGGUGCGAGAGGAAUGCGGCUGGACCGGUCUGCAUGUUUAUCGAGGCCCUUGCCGAAAAUAUCCAUCCAGAGCUGGCCGUGGGCUGGCAGCUUCCUCCUUCUGGAUGGGGGGUUAGUGGGGUGUGAAAAGGUCAAUGCUCGCUCCGCUCAGUGCUGACAUUGUGUGCUCUUCAAGUUCUUCUGGUUCAGCUGCUCUCGCUUCCACUCCGCUCUUGAUGCUGUGCCCACGGGGAAAGAUGCAGGGCGCUUCUUAAAAUUCGGGAGAUAGAUGGCAAGCCGCUUAGACACAGGAUCCGCAGUGGAGGCUUAUGAAAUGUGGCAUGGCUGGUGUGGGGUUGCAGAGACCUUUUUCUCCUUCCUCCCUAAUUAUAGAACUCCUGUCGUCCAAAUAAGCUGAUUGGUAGGGGAGUCUGGGCUCCCCUUCCCUACACACACACACACACACACACACACACACACACAGAGCAGAAAAUGUGUGGAAUUUGCUGCCGCAAGAUGUGGGGAAUGACCCGUGGUUCACAAAGAGAUGAGGACAAUUUGAACAUAGGAGGCUGCCUUAGGUAGAGUCAGACCCUUGGUCCAUCUAGCUCAGGAUUGUUUGCACUGACCGGCAGCAGCCCAAGAGAGUUUCAGCCUCAGGGGUCUUUCCCAGCCCUACCUGGAGAUGCUGCCAGGGAUGGAGCUAGCAGGAAUAUGAUGGAUAUUUCUGAUGAAUAUAUGCCGCCUUUCAACAAACGUCCCCAAAGAGGUUUACAUCAGUAUUAUAAAUCAAUCAGUAAAAUGGCUCCUUGUCUCUCAAGGGCUUACAAUCUAAAAAAGAGACAUAAAAUAGACACCAGCAACAGCCGCUGGAGGGAAUGGGGUGUGAUGGAUGACCUUCUGUAUGCAAUGAGCCUGGGCCCCAUACACAGGUCUUCCAUCCAAGCACUGACCACACCAAGACCUGCUUAGUUUCAUCAAGGUGGCUGUAUCAUGUGCCCUGAGACCUCGCUCUGGGUUUUCCCUCCCGAGGGGUCCCUCCUGGAUAUCCAGUUCCUCUUGCAGCCAUUUGCACUGCUGAAGAGGCAAGCCGGUUUCUGAUUCAACAAGAAACCUCUUCUGCAUAUGGUGGACACUCAGGAGACCCUUCUAGCUGCUUAGGAAUUUUUCUCUGCUCUCUGCACUGAGAGGACCACGUGAAAAUGAACCAGGGCCUCCCACAGCGGCAGACCACCGCACCUGAGAUCUUGGAAGUCGAACAGUGAAGUCGUAUGGAAGUCGUAUGUGAAAAAAUGAAGGGGCCUUGUACUGAGACAGGCUCUCGCUUCACAUAGCUCAUCUGCUCUGACUGGCAGCGGCUUCCAGGCAGAGAUCUUUCCCAGCUAUUUCUGGAGAUGCUGCCAAAAACCAAACCUGGGUCCAGGGCAUGCAAAACUUGACUACCUCCCUACCCCCAUUUUACUGGGCUCCCUUUCACUGGAGGUUUUUAAACAGAGGCUGUGUGAUCAUUUGUCAGGAAUGCUGUUGUCCCCUGCUAACUGAGCAAAGGGGCACUUUUUAGAAGUGGUGAUAUAGGAGGUGAUAUAUAUGUGCCUAAAGUGAUGAUAUAUAUGUGCCUCCAAGGAAGUGCUCUGACAAAACUGCCGUUCCCUAGAUGCUUGCCGGCUAAAUUGGCUGCAAAGAAAGCCGUUUCGCCCUAGAGGUGAUUAGCUAUCAAGCUGGACGGAGGGAGGGAGUGGAAGAGGCAAGGGCCAGAGGUCAGAGAAGGUGGCCUCAGGUGCGGGCAAGUGGAGGGCACCCAAAGGCCACACGCGUGUCCAGAAUUGCAGGCUUGUGGGCCUGCCGGCCUCACAGAUGGCUCAUUUCACUAAUGAGACCUGCGGAGCGGCUGGAGAGAGGAAUAUUAGGCUCUGCCCAGGGAGACAGGCGGCCCCGAGCGCGCCUGAUUGUGUUUCGGAGGCUAUUGUCAGCGGGGGCAACAGUAACCCGACCCGGCUGGGCUGGCUCCCUCGUGGCAGAUACAAUGGCACAACUGUAUCGGAAACGUGAACCGCCGAUAAUUACCGGAGUGGGAAGCCAGAGGCCUCCUUCAGCAGAGGAGACGGAGAGAGAAGCCACCCCCGGGCCGUGGCUUGCUCCUUGGGAGGGACCCUCUGGCUCGGAGCUGAGCCCAACUUCCUUCAAAACUGGCUCGGGUCCGGCGAGGAUGCAACAACCGGAAAGGAUGGCUCAGACUCCGGGGGCUGAAAGCAGCGAGGCAGAAGAAGAACGAUCCGAGGCCCAGGCACUCCUCCCGAAUCGUGGUAGCCACAAAAUUGACUGCAUCAUCUGCUAUUGCUCCUAUGACCUGUCGGCCCGCCUGCCCCGCCGCCUCUAUUGCGGCCACACCUUCUGCCAGGCCUGCAUCCGGCGCCUCAACACGGUCACCAACGAGCAACGGUGGAUCCCCUGCCCGCAGUGCCGCCAGAACACCCCCACCCCCCGCGGAGGGGUGACCAUGCUCGACCUGGACCUCACGGCGUUCUUGGCGGUCAAGUCGGAGAAGGAGCAUCCCCGCGUGACGGGCAAGGCAGAGCCUGAGCUGGCCUCGAAAAUGUCCGUCAAGGAGAACCCGGUCACGCAGCAGCCCACAGGCCUGUGCCAGGAGACGUUGCCGCAGCCGUAUUUCCCGCAGAACAGCUGCUGCGACCAGUGUCUUUGCUGUGGGACCACGGCAGCUUUUCAGGGAUGACUUGGCUUACGGUCUGGGUGGUGUGGCUAGUCCCUAGUGAACUCAGAAGCUGCAGUUCUGAGGAUUUCCUCCAGGUGGCCCAGGUGGCCUUUCUCUGCCAGGACAUCCCUAGCCCUGAUUGGCUGUACGAGCCUGGUUCCCUGAUUGGCUGAGAGCUCUAUAAAAACCCAGACAGGUCAAGUGUGUGGUGGGGGGGGGGGGCAUUUUUGAGCAUUCUGCUGUGAUGGCAGGCAGCAAGUGAGGACUACUCCCAACAUUUUUGUUUGGCCAGUCAUCAACCUGUUUUAUUUUUACUGAUUCUUGCCUUCUGGUGGGCUUUCCUGGUGGACUUUGACCUUGGUUGCUACCUGUGUGACUUGCAAAAUUAAUCUGUUUGGCACCUGGGCUUGUUAACAGACACACACACACACACACCCCACACACACACAUAUACUGUCCUCUGGGGAAAUGCUAACUCUUCACAACAGGAGCAUUUCCAGAUGGGGCUUUUAGCUCACUUCUCCUUCAGAAUGGAGGGUGUGCAUUCACAUAUCAGCCAGAUUUAACCCAAGGUCCCUGCAAGCUAUCAGGGAGCACUCCAGACACGGUUCGGGACAGGUUUUUCGUUGCGCGUUGGAGCAUAGCCUAAUUUAUGUCCGGGGUUUUAAAAAACCCCACUUUUUGCAUCAUUUUUGGGCGGGCAAAUCUGAACUCGCAGUCAAGCCUUGCAGUAAACCUGCAGUCAAGCCCGCUGUCUCUGGAAAUGCUCCAGGUUAUUCAAGGAUCUGUUCCAAGCUCUGAUACAGAGCUGGAUAUUGACAUGAGCUUUGGAGGGCGGAGGGAGAUAUCAGGUUGGUCUGCACUUGCUUCUGGAAGCUGUUUGGGCAGCUUGUUGUUGUGCUGCCUGUGGUGUUAUUUCUUUCAACUGCACACAGAUCAUGGUGACGAUCUUUUCAUAUGCUGCUAACGUUGCAGGAACGAUGUACCACCUCUGAAAUAUGAGGGGAGGAAGGCAGUUCUGGAAUGGAUUUCAAAUGAGAUGGGCAUGUAUAACAUCAGAAGAAGAGGAACCUAAUUUGGAGGAAGCUAUCCAUUUGUGAAGGUGAACAGGUGGAGCUAUGCAUAGUUGUGUUAAACCACAGGAGGUCGGAGUUUCACCCUGAAGCCAGUACUGGACAAUAACAUAAGAUUUAGCCACUCUUACCACCACCGUCGGAUGGAACGGACAUUGUUCUAUUUGUGUGUUUGUUGUUUUCAUCAUGUCAUUCACAGUUUUGUUCCACUCUGACUUUAGGACAAAGGAGGUAACACAUCCCAGGAUGCCUACAUAACACCACUCGUCCAUUUCAUUGCCAUUUUAUUUAUUUAUUUAUAUCGAAGCUAACCGCUUUGGGAACUUUGGUUGAAAAGCGGUAUAUAAAUAUUUGUCGUCUUGUCGACGUUGUCAUCCAUUCAAGCACCCGGCGUGCUGAAAACAUUCCACGUCUUGUUUGUUUUCUUCUUCUUAACACGUCAGUUGCAUAUGUGCGGACUCGUCACGUUUCAGUUCAGAAUGCCUUGGGUUGUUUUUCAUUAAAAAAUGCAUGCAUGUUUUUGCA